AUGCCGCGGACCAGGUCCUUCUUCGCCGGUUCAUUACCACUCGCCAUAGCCCUCACUCAGUCGCAACUUCGCUUGAUAUCCAGCGUGGGCGUCGGCAUCCUGGUUGGAACAUCCAUGAUUGUGAUUAUACCCGAAGGCAUUGAAGCUGUCACAACAACUGGUGGACACUCGCAUGCUAAGAGGAGCUUGCUGGAUGCGGCAGGCAAGCAAGGGAUGCUCGGUGUGCGGUGGGCGGCAGGCGACAACGUCCCACAAGUAGCAACUGCCGCGGGGUCUACGAGGAUGGAGGAGGAGCUCCAUGCGCUCGCCCGAGAUGCCGAGGUCGUUCCAACGCUGCGCAAUCGAGAGGAGCAAGACGAACACGGCCAUGACCAAGACAACGACCACGACCACGACCAGCCUCAGAAGAGCGCCCCGGGCCCCGAACCCCACCAUGACGAAGAGAAUCACAAUGAGGUGCCGACGUUCUACAUCGGUCUGUCCAUGAUUCUCGGCUUUGUCCUCAUGUUCCUGAUCGACAGACUGCCGCGGCACGCGACGGACCGGAUGCAGUCCGAGCCGCAGAUGCGCCACGUCAGCCUGGAUAACCUGGGCGGGUCAGCGAGUAUCGGGGGCGAGGAGACGGAAGGCUUCCUCGGCACCCUGGCGCCUCCGCCGAAGCAGUCACGAAGCCUCGCAACGACGAUUGGUCUGGUCAUCCACGCCGCGGCAGACGGCAUCGCUAUGGGAGCGUCGACCUCGACAUCCAAUACCAAGCUGGGGUUGAUCAUCUUUGUUGCCAUCAUGGUGCACAAGGCUCCAGCAGCGUUUGGUUUGACAUCGGUUCUCCUCAAGCAGGGGCUAUCGAAGCGGACGGCGCGGGGGCACCUCAUCGUCUUUAGUUUGGCUGCACCUUUCGGGGCUCUCAGCACGUGGGCGAUUAUCAGGAUCCUGGGCGGCGGCAACUUUGAGGGGGAGUCGGGUCAGUGGUGGACCGGCAUGCUUCUGCUCUUCUCCGCCGGAACGUUCCUUUUUGUCGCAAUGCAUGCCAUGCAGGAAGACGGCAGCUCCCCGAAGCAUGAACACAGUGGGAUGAACGGCUACUCGGAAGGAGGCAGCGUUCAACGAGGACAGCAGCAGCCGCAGAUGCGUGAUACCUUUGCGACAGUUGCCGGCAUGCUCCUGCCUCUCCUCACGCAGUUUGGACACCACCAUUGA